UGGAAAUAAUCUGGAAAUCAGUAGGGAGGAAGGGGUCACUUGUAUAAUUACACUGGACAGGCUGUCAUGCAAGCCUUGCCCUGUGAAGAAAGCAUAGCUUGAAUGAAAGCAACAUCCAAGAUAAUAUAUUUGAUCUUGAGAAUCCAAAAAUAUCAAUCUGUGGGAAAUCCUCAGAUUGCAGAUCACACCUGAUUAUACACGAGAGGAACCACACUGAAGAAGAGUCUACCCACUGUCCUCAAUGUGGCACAAGAUUUAGGAAACAUGCUACCCUAGUAACACAAAAGAGGCCUGAAAUGGGGGAGAAGUCAUUUGGGUGUUCUGACUGUGGGAAAACAUUCAGUAGGAAUUCUCACCUCGUGACACACCAGAGGACACACACAGGAGAGAAACCCUUUGAGUGUCCAGAUUGUGGGAAAGGCUUCAGUCAGAAUUCCCACCUGGUGACACACCAGAGGACUCACACUAGGGAGAAAGCAUACGAAUGUCCAGAUUGUGGUAAAGAUUUCAGUCACAAUUCCAACCUGGUGAUUCACCAGAGGACUCAUACAGGAGAGAAGCCCUAUGAGUGUCCAUAUUGUGGGAAAGCUUUCAGUCAUAAUUCCAACCUUUUGAAGCACCAGAGGACUCAUACAGGAGAGAAACCAUAUGAGUGUCCAGAUUGUGGGAAAGGUUUCAGUCAGAAUUCCCACCUUCUUAAACACCUGAGGACUCACACCCGGGAAAAAAGUUACAAGUGUCCAGAUUGUGGGAAAUGUUUCUUCUGUAAUUCCAACCUGAUGAUGCACCAGAGGACUCACGCGGGGGAGAAGCCAUAUGAGUGUCCAGAUUGUGAGAAAAGUUUCAGUCAGAAUUCCAGCCUUGUUAAACACCUGAGGAUUCACACUCGGGAGAAACGGUACAAGUGUCCAGAUUGUGGGAAAGGUUUCAGUCAUAAUUGCGACUUUGUGAAACACCUGAAAACUCACAGAGGAGAGAAACCCUUUGAAUGUCCUGAUUGUGGGAAAAGUUUCAGUCACAAUUCUAAGCUUGUGAAACACCAGAGGACUCACACAGGGGAGAAACCGUAUAAGUGUUUGGAUUGUGGAAAAUGCUUCAGUUGGUAUUCUGGCUUAGUGAUACACCAGAGGACUCAUACAGGAGAAAAACCCUUUGAAUGUCCUGAUUGUGGGAAAGGUUUCAGUACUAGAACUAACCUUAUAAAUCAUGUAGCUUUACACACAGGGGAGAAACCUUUCAAGUGCCCAGAAUGUGGAAGGUGCUUUACAUAUUAUUCCUCUCUUACUGCACACAAGAAAAUCCAUACGAAGCAUAAGCUGAUGACUGUAGGGGAGGCUUGAAUUUCAUUUCUGAGUUGCCUUUAGAAGUAUGGCUGAGAAAUUAAGUAUUUACUUUCUGGCCUGAUUGUGUUUAGCCAAAGAUGUCUCAUGUUAGGCAUGAGGGAGGAGAGAAAAGAAAUGAAAUGGAAAAGGUUAGCUUGAUCAAGGUUAACUACUUGUGUCUUGGCUAUCAGCAAAAUGUAGUGGAUAUUCCCUGUUGCAAAAAUAAUGCAACUGUGCCAAAAGUUUUUGGGGAUGAUUUUUGCAUAUAGAAUAAAUGAGGUCGUAGAAAAGCAAAAUACAGAUUUUAAGAAACCUACAGAUGCUAAGAUAUAUAUAUUAGAAGAUAGGAGCACGUUGAUUUACUUAGUGAUUAUAGCUUCCCAAAUAUGAGAUAAUGGGAGCAGAGUUUUCAUCUUUUCCUAACAUUUUCAGAAAUUCAGGGUAAGAUGAAUCCAGAUUGUGAAGAGUCAAGCAAGAACAGUGACCCCCAGAAUGGAGAACAUAUGAGGGAGGUUUGGGGCAGUAACAAGAGCACAAAUACCUUGCAAGUAAAAGUUGUUGACCAUGGCAUGCAAAUGCUUUUGGAAUAUAGAGAAAAACAGAACAAGGUUUUUGAAUGUAGGAUCUUCAGGUUUUCUACCAACUCCUGCUAUGCUUGGAGGUGCCUCUUGUUAUCCUUUGAAUGCUGGUGUGUGAUAGCAGUGGAAGUUGCUAAUUUUUCCCCCUGAAUUUAGAAGACACCAAAGAAUUCAAGGGUUCCCCUUGUCAAUAACACAGCUCAGGUUAUAACACAAUGUGCCUGUGAACCCGAACACACAGAAACUACAAAGCACAUAUUUCUCCAGGGGCUUUAUUAAACCGACAUUAAUAUCGGGCUUGUCUUUCCAAUACUGCAUAAAUACUCAGGCCGCACAGAACAAUUCUACAGAUGCUGCUCUCAGAGUCGCUCUGAUACAAACCACAGUACUAUGUCUCCAGGUUCUGCAGAGCAGCACUUAAAAUUGGUCUGAUGAUGGAUGACCUGUGCCAUAAAGUAGUCUUAAGGAUUAUACUGUGUGCACUGUAGAGCGAUAGAUUUAAUCUGACACGUGCUAAACUUAAUGCACCCUAUAGGAAUCUUAUGCUCCUUGCAGUGUUCUUAGAUCCAUUUAGGCCUCUGUUUUUAUAUAUAUACUCUGUCAUUUAUGUCUCUCUUUUUUUUUAUAUAAUUACUAUUUUUAUCCUGUGAUUACUUUCUCUACUUUUUAACUGACUGCACCCUACAUUCAGUGGUGGGAUUCAAAAUUUUUUACUACCGGUUCUCUAGCCGUGGCUUGGUGGGU